UUAAGGAAUUAAUAAAUCAAUACGCAAGUAAACCUAAUGAGGCAGAAAUGCAUACUUAACCAAAAUCUACUUGAUUUUCCUUUUGAUUCAGCUUCAAAAAACACUAAAAUCGGGAAUUCUAUUUUCGGAAAUCGUGGCCGUGAAACGAUAAUUCUCGAGAAAAUAGCAGUCGAGAAUCGAAGCUCGAGCUCCGUCGGAACAGACGAAGACGACAGCAAGAGAAAAAAUAAUAAAAGUGUCAUUAGUGUUUCACCGGAUUAAAAAAAUCGCCCUUUCGUAUCGAUGAUUCGCAGAAAUCCAGGACUCAAUUUUUAAACGGAUCGAUCGGCACAGUGUUUUCCAACCUUCCGGGAAGAAAUCGUGAUCCACAAAAAUUGUCAUUGCCCCUUUAACCGGAGUCCCUCGCACUUUAAAAACACAGACAGUAUCACGAAAUACUCAAAAACAGCCAAAAAAAUCACACCUUUUGCAUGUUUCUCGAGAAAAUUGACCGUUUUCAGGAAAAGAAAUUUCGAGAAAAGAAAUUUGUUGGUUAAGUUCGGAAGUCAGAGUUCGACGUGGUCGACGUCAGGGAAGGAAAAAUCUUCAGAGGAUCAAGAUUUUUAGUUGCCGGGAAAGGGUGACAAAAUUUCGACGAUUUGCAUUCUAUGAGCUCUAAGGGCCAAGAGGACCCUGGAGAAGACCUCGCUUCCAGGGUUGGAGCCGAGAGCCCUUGUAGCGACAUGAAGCGGGCAGCAGCAAAAAAAUUAAUUGAGCGAUAUUUUUAUCAACUCACAGAUGGUUGCGGAAAUCCACAAUGCGAUAAUCAAAAUUGCUUUUCCAGCGGAAAGGUGACAAAUCUCACGCCAAAUCAAGCAGCGGCCCAGGCAAUUCAGCUCUUUUCGCAAGAAGCGAGACUCUGCGAUGGCACUCAACCUAGCAAAGUUGCCAGGACAGCCCUGGAACCAGGUCCAGCCUCUCUCGCCAAAAGUCUCCCAGUCAAGAGUGUAAAUCCCACCUGUUCGGUCGAAGGAAAGGAAAUACCGUACCUCACAGAAGCGAAGCUUUUGGAAAUAAUCGAGACAUGCAAAACGGAGGGAUCGUAUUCUCUCUUGAUUCGAACCUUGGGCGAGGUUUUUUCCUCGGCGGAGGCUUUGAGUCGUAGUUUUCAAAAGACGGAGAAAAACGAUUCGCCCUUGGCCGCAUUGUUGGACAGAGCACCGGUUUCGUUAUUGAGACCUCCUGGAGAUUUAAGUAAGGAAGCUGUAAGAUCUCUCCAAGGCGAGGACAAGGAAGAAGAUAGCAGUGAUCCAUCACCUGCGAUUCCACAUCCAGAUGAUACGAGUGUCGAUCUUCCUGCUGUCCGAAGAGCUUUCACUGCCUUGUGGUCCUUACCAGGUGAAGCUUUUGAGUCAGCCCUCGUUCACGCACUAGUCACAUUGGCUGAUAAUAUAGAACUAGACUUAAGGGUAUUUGGUAUAAUACCUUAUGAAGGUACUGAUAGUCUGUUAAAUGUAUUUCUAAUAGUCUUUGAAAUCCCGGUUUUGGGAACGAGCGAUUAUUUGGAGCUGGCUUUACACAUGUUGUGCAAAGCCGCCAGUUGUUUGCCUCUGUCUGCUCAAGCAAAACUGGCCCGAAUCUGGGCCCGACAUUGCAAAUCACGGCUUGAGUGUCUUCUUCAAGCUCUUCAGCAACUUAUAACAGUCAAGGUAAUUGGAGGAGCAUUCACACGAGAUUAUUGCGUUCAGGACGCGGAUACCAUAACAGCUCCUACAAAAGUCAUGAAAAUACUCUACUAUGCGAGCAUUUUAGCGGGAGAGCUAGAUGCACUCGAAUUUUCCCGGGACGAAGACAACGAGACGACGAGUUCGGAUAAAGCUGGAGCCAAGCCGACGAGUUCACAGACAAUUCAGGAUCCUUUGGCGAAAACACUUGGAAUUUCGUCCAUAGAUGCUCGCCGACCUUUUAUUCCCUUCACAGAAUUUUACAACGAACCGUUGAGCGACGCGGUUGAAAUGGACAAGGAUUUUGCCUAUUACAAAAGCGAGCAGCCAAUGAAAUUUAGCUUCAUGAAUUACGCUUUUAUUCUCACACCUGCUACCAAAACACUCGGGCUCUAUUAUGACAAUCGAAUAAGAAUGUACAGCGAGCGGCGAAUGAGUUUUCUUCAAACUGUUGUCGGCCAACCAACCAAUCCAUAUCUCAGAUUAAAGGUUCGAAGAGAUCAUUUAAUAGACGACGCUUUGGUGGAAUUGGAAAUGGUGGCAAUGGAGAAUCCAACGGAUCUUAAAAAACAGUUGGUCGUCGAAUUUGAGGGGGAACAAGGAGUCGACGAAGGCGGAGUUUCAAAAGAGUUUUUCCAGCUGGUUGUGGAAGAAAUUUUCAAUCCUGACUACGGCAUGUUCACGAUGCAGGAAGAUACACAAACGACGUGGUUCAAUCCCACGUCUUUUGAAAGCGACGCUCAAUUCACAUUAAUCGGGGUUGUUCUUGGCCUCGCAAUUUACAACAAUGUGAUUUUGGAUGUGCGUUUUCCAAUGGUUGUUUAUCGAAAACUUUUGGGAAGGAAAGGCAGUUAUGCGGAUUUGGAAGACUGGGGUCCAACUCUUUUCAGAACACUCUCGGAAAUAAUGAAUUAUACGGCUGACGAUAUGCACGAAACUUUCAUGCAGACUUUCAGAGUUGGUUACAAAGAUGUUUUUGGCUCAGUUUUGUUUCACGAGCUGAAGGAACAAGGAGACGAACUCUACGUUACUCAGGAAAACAAGCGAGAGUUCGUCGACCUCUACGCUGAUUUUUUGUUAAACACAUCAGUCGAGAGGCAAUUCAAAGCCUUCAGGCGUGGAUUUCAAAUGGUCACGGACGAAAGUCCACUUGCCUUGCUUUUCAGGCCCGAGGAAAUUGAACAGCUUGUUUGUGGGAGUAAAAUAUUUGACUUUGCGGAACUGGAAGCAGCGACGGAAUAUGAAGGCGGAUAUACAAUCGAGAGCGAAGCGGUUCGAAACUUUUGGACAGUGGCGCACUCCUUACCACCAGAAAGUCAACGAAGGCUUCUUCAAUUUACGACUGGAAGUGAUCGAGUUCCGGUCGGUGGAUUGUCGAGGUUAAAAAUGGUUAUUGCUCGCCACGGUCCUGACUCUGAUAGGUUGCCGAUAGCACACACUUGUUUCAAUGUGCUGCUACUUCCGGAUUACAGCACGAUAGAGAAACUGCAGGACAGACUCCUCAAGGCGAUAAACUACUCAAAAGGCUUUGGCAUGCUGUGAAUCGGAGUUUUGUCUCGAGGGAAAAUCCCGACACAUCCAAACUCCCUCCCCUAUUUAUUUCGAAGCUGGAACUUUUACGCGAAUUCGGGACUCGUAAAAGGAGGAGGGACGCUUACCGAAUCAGUGAUGGAGAGCUCGAGACUUGAGAGUGAUUUUUUGAGGGAGCAAAUCCUCUCGAGAGUUAAGCUUAAACAGUGUACAAAAUACAAAUCAGUCCAGAUUCUUUUUUUCUUUUCUUUUUGUCUCUUUCUUUUUUUCUUUCGAGAAUCGUGGACUUUAGACCGAUUCUUGCUUUUUUUUUUCUUUUACUUUUUCUUUGACGAGAAUUUUUCAAAGGCGAGUGCGUUUCUAAGAUUUUUUAAGGAAGACGAGACUGAGAACGUGAAGAAGAGUUAUAAUAACCGAGACCCCAAAGACACAAGAGCUGAGUGACUGUGAUGUGAGAGAGAAUGGAGAAUGCCGAGUGAGCUGUCGAUGUAGAUUGUAAACGUAGGUGAUAAAAAGAAAAAAAAAAAACGUCGUAAAAUAUAUUAACGAGACCGAAGCUCAAAUCAAAUUGUGCCGAUUGAUGGAGAGCGACGGCGCGCCAAUCUGAGAAUGCAUAUCGAUACCUCUGUCUUAAAAACAGCUCAAACUCAUUUUAAAAUUUGUCUCUACAACGCGAAAACUCGGUCUUGGUUGUCUAAAAGAAUCACUCUGUUUUUUCAAUUGGCCUCUCGCUUUUAGAGGUUCGCAGUAGAAGAAGGAAAAGUGGUGAGAAUUAUAGAAAGGAGAAGUAGAGGGAGGAGAAGUGGCGGAAAGUAGAGGAAGGAGAAGUGGUGAUAAGUAGAGGGAGAAGUGGUGGGAAGUAUAGAAAGGAGUAUAUGAAGGAGAAUGGUAGAGGAGGAAGUGGUAGAAACUAGAGGAAGGAGAAGUAGAGGAAGGAGAACUGGUGGACAUUAGAGGAAGUCGUCGGAACUAGAGGAAGGAGAAUUGAUAGAAAGUAGAGAAAGAAGAAGUGAUGAAAAAUAGAGAGAAGUGGUGUUGAGUAUAGAAAGAAGUAGAUGAAGGAGAAUUGGUAAACAGUACAGGAAGAAGUGGUAGAUCUUAGAGGAAGGAGAAUUGGUGGAAUGUAUAGAAAGGAGAAGUGAUAGAUAGUAGAGGAAGGAGAAUUGGUGAAAAGUAGAGGAAGGAGAAGUGCUGAAAGGUAGAGGAAGGAGAAGUGGUGGAAAGUAGAGGAAGGAGAAGUGGUGAUAAGUAGAGGGAGAAGUGGUGGAAAGUAUAGAAAAGAGUAGAUGAAGAAGUGGUAGAUACUAGACGAAGGAGAAGUAGAGGAAGCAGAAUUUGGUGGACAGUAGAGGAAGAAGUAACAGAAACUAGAGAAAGGACAAUUAGUGGACAGUAGAGGAAGAAGUGGUCGAAACUAGAAGAAGGAGAAGUGGUGGAAAGUAGAGAAAGCAGAAGUGGUGAAAAGUAGAGGGAGAAGUGGUGGGAAGUAUAGAUAGGAGUAUAUGAGGGAGAAUGGUAGAAGAGGAAGUGGUAGAAACUAGAGGAAGGAGAAGUAGAGGAAGGAGAAUUGGUGGACAGUAGAGGAAGUGGUCGGAAGUAGAGGAAGGAGAAUGGGAAGAAGUAUAGAAUGAAGAAGUGGUGAAAAGUAUAGAAAGAAGUAGAUGAAGGAGAAUUGGUAAACAGUAGAGGAAGAAGUGGUAGAUAUUAGAAGAAGAAGUAGAGGAAGGAGAAUUGGUGGAAUGUAUAGAAAGGAGAAGUGAUAGAUAGUAGAGGAAGGAGAAGUGGUGGUAGAUAUACAAAGGAGAACUGGUGGAAAGUAGAGAAAGUUAAACUGGUGGAAAUGAUUGGAAGGAAAAGUGGUAGAAACUAUUGGAAGGAGAAGUGGUAGAAACUAUAUGAAUAAAUGGUUGAACGUAGAGGAAGGAAUAGUGGUGGAAAGUAGGGGAAGAAGAUUGGUGAAUAUUAGAAGCAGAAGUGAUGGAAAGUCGAGAAAGGAGAAGUGGUGAAAAGUAGAGGAAGGAGAAGUGGUGUAAAGUAAAGUAAAAGUGGAGAAAAUUAUUGGAAGCAGAAUUGGUGGAAAGUAUAUGAAUAAGUGAUUGAAAGUAGAGGAAGGAAAAAUGGUGGACACUAUUGGAAGGAGAAGUGGUAGAAACUAUAUGAAUAAAUGGUCGAACGUAGAGGAAGGAAUAGUGGUGGAAAGUAGAGGAAGGAGAUUGGUGAACAUUAGAUAAAGGAGAAGUGGUGGAAAUUAGAGGAAGGAGAAUGGUGGAAUGAAUAUGAAGAAGUGAUUCACAGUAGAGAAAGGAAAAGUUGUUUUUAAGUACACGACGAAGUGACAGAAAGUAUUAGAAGAAGUAGUGGAAUGUAUAGGAAGGAGAAGAAGAUGAAAGAGAAGUAGUGGAAAGUAGUGAAAGGUGAGGUGGUCAAAAGUAGAAGUGGUCAAAACUAGAGGAAGGAGAUGUGGUAGAAAGUGGAGGAAGUAUGAGAAAAAGUGAUUAAAAAUGGAAGAAGGAAAAGUGGUAGAAAGUAGAUGAAGGAAUAGUGGUGAUAAGUAGAGGGAGAAGUGGUGGAAAGUAUAGAAAAGAGUAGAUGAAGAAGUGGUAGAUACUAGACGAAGGA